AUGCUCUCCGCUCAUAUUCUCGCUGGAGCGACGUCGUGUAUUAUUUUGCUGGUUGCCGCUUUGCGCUUGAGUCGCGGACGCGUCUACCCUUUGCCUCUGCCGCCUGGCCCUCGUCGUUUACCAUUUCUGGGUAACGCACUGCAAUUAGACACCAAACGACCCUGGCUCACAUAUACUGCGUGGGGGAAGAUAUAUGGCAAAAUUAUCCACUCUCGCAUCCUUGGGAUUGAUAUGAUCAUCAUAAACUCUGAGUCGAUCGCGCGGGAGUUGUUGGACAAACGUUCUGGAAUUUACUCGGAUCGCCCCGUCAUUCCCACCAAUGAAAUAGCUGGACUGGGUUUCAAUACUGUACUCCUUCCGUAUGGUGAGACUUUGCGACAACAUCGCAAGAUCUUCCAUCAAGUUCUCAGGGCCGAAGCCUCUUUAUCAUACCACGGGAUGUACUCUCGCCACGCGAAUGAACUAGUGUUCGAUCUCUUGAAGGCCACCGGUGACUUGCAGAAACCCAUUCAAGCAUACACGGCAUCGCUAAUCAUGGCCGUGACAUAUGGACACUCUGCUCGCGGAACUCAAGACCCAUUCCUUGCCCGUACGCAAGAACUUUUGGAUAUUGCCAGACAUCUUCUUUCUCCCGAAAGGGCUGCCAUGUUCACAGCCUUUCCUUUCCUCAAAAAGCUACCAGUUUGGUGCUUUCGUGGAGCCUAUGCCCUGAUGGGACGCAGUAGAGAAUUAUGUCAACAGCUUUUAAACGAGCCCUUUAACGAGGUGAAGGCACAGAUGGCAAAUGGUACCGCUUCACAAUCAUUAGUCGCUGACUUCCUCAGUCAAGCCGACGACGGUGCUGACGAAGACACGAUGAAAGCUGUUGCGUUGAUGGGAUACAUAGGGGGCAUAGACACGUCUACAUCUACAUUGCAUGUAUUCUUGAUGGCUAUGAUGCUCUAUCCAGACGUCCAAGCCAGGGCUCGUGCAGAAAUCAAUCAAGUCGUGAUGCACGAUAAAAUGCCAUCCAUUGAUGAUAGACCAUCGUUGCCCUACCUCGAUGCCGUUCUCCGUGAGGUUCUCAGAUGGUAUCCUCCCAUACCCCUAGGAAUGGCGCAUGCAACAACAAAUGAUGAUAUUUACGGCGGGUACUUCAUACCCAAAGGUUCGUCAUAUGAGUUGGGGGCACUGUCUCGGGACGAGGACAUAUUUCCUGAUGCAUCGCGCUUCGAUCCCACUCGUCAUCUCACAGCUGAUGGGAAGCUGAAGGACAACUUCGUCCACCAUUUUGCCUUUGGUCAUGGCAGGCGCGUUUGUCCUGGUCGUUGGUUUGUAGAGAACAGUCUGUGGACUGCAGCGGCUGCCGUACUUGCCGUCUUACGCAUCGAUCAUGCCAGAGACUCCAACGGAGACAAGAUCGAGGUAAAGCCGGAAAUCUCCACCGGCAUGGUGAUGUAA